AUGUCCAUGGUUCACUUCCGUGUGUUGUGUCUGUUGGCCAUUGUGUUCUGCUGUCUGGGUGAAGCCCGUACUAAAAGAAGAAGAGCUGAUGAUCCUGAAAAAGAACUGUUUAUUGUUGAAGAAGAGGGGGAUGAAAAAGAAGAGGAUAUUGAGUCCAUGGUUAAUUCAGCAAAUCAAACCGUUCAAAUGGUUAAGGAAGCACAUGCAUUGGCGUUGGAGAGCUUGAAGGAGAGAAAUGGAUGUAUGGAUGCUGCUGAAGCUGCUGGAGAAGCUUCCAAGAAACCAACAGAGUUUGUUGCGCGCAUUAGUGAGCUUAUCACGAAAGUCAAUAAUAACCUAUCUUACAUUCUCAAGGAUGAGGAGAAGGUGGAGGAGAAGGAGAAAUCCGAAGCCCUCAUCAAUCAAGCAGUGGAGGCUGCAAAAACUGCACGUGAAAAGGCUGUAUCAACUAAAAUAAAGGCAAUUGAUACUGCAGUUAAAGGUGUAAUGGCUUUGAACGCAUCAUUAUUGUUUUACAAGAAGUAUGACGAAGAAAAGCAAAAAUAUGAGGGAAAUACAACAGAUCCAAGUUUAAAGCUUAAAUUAUUGCGACUCACAACAAGUGUAGAAAAGGUACUCGGUAAAAUGCAAAAUAUGACAAAAGUCGCUUUGGACGCCAUCGACGACGCAGAUACGGCACGAAGAACGACCCUUGAAGCAGAACAUCAAGCUAAUCUUGCGGAGGGCAGUGCUGAAAAAGUUAGGGCUGUCAUUCAAGAACUCGAGAAAGCAAUUACUACUGCGAAUGAGAAGAGGGAGGAAGAGAAAAGAGAGAGGGAAAGACAAAUUGCAUUGGAAAAGGAAAAGGAGGCACAAAGGCAAAGGGAGGCGGAACAGAAGAGAAUUGAGGCGGAACAAAGGCAGAGGGAGGAGGAACAAAGGCAGAGGGAGGAGGAACAAAGGCAGAAGGAGGCGGAACAAAGGCAGAGGGAGGAGGAGCAAAGACAGAAGGAGGCGGAACAAAGGCAGAGGGAGGAGGAACAGAAGAAAAUUGAGACGAAAAGGAAGGAAAAGGAAGCGAAAGCUGAAGAACAAAAACAAUUGGAAGAACAGCCGAGUGCACAGGGAGAAAGGACAAAGGCAGUAAACGGGCAGAAGUCUGAUAAGGCAAACACAUCAACAAAACAGUUUUCUCCCUCUCCUCGUGACGCUAAUGUUAGUGAAACGUCUGCCAGUGCUCUUCUCAAGAGUGAUGCACUCGCGAAGGCAGUCUAUCAACUGGACGGCAGCAGCAGCCCUGCGUUACUGCGUGUUCCACUCCUGCUGCUGCUGCUGCUCUCUGUGCUGGGCUGCAUGACCGUGUGCUGA